UGCUGGAAAGUUCUGAGCUCCCUGUGCCAGAUCAGAGGCACAUUUAUUUGUGAUGAAGUUAUGUAUGGGGUGCAAGGCGGCUGUAUAAAUACAGUCAGAUACAGGAACAUCCCGGUACAAGCUGCUUGCUUUACCUUCAGCUCACUCAUUUUGAAGGACACAUUUCCUCAGUUUGAAGUGCACAUUUUCUCUUCCCGUCCCUUGGGAAAUGGCAUUCUCCCAUCCCUUUUUCCGGAGUCGGUGGGAUGCCUUGCGGAGCUGCUAUUCUCCCCGGCGGUUAUUUGAUCAGGACUUUGGGCUCCCUCCUCUCUCUGAAGAGCCGCUGAAGGACUGGAUGCAAUGGGUAGAGAAUCGGCUCAGCCCGAGCCCUUCUGACAGCACAAUACCCAGUUACUGCCCAUCACCCCUGCAGCGGCAGCUGCCUGGGGGAAUGUCCCUGAUCCAGCAGACCUUGGGAAACUGGAAAAUCAGCCUUGAUGUGAGGCAUUUCACCCCUGAGGAGCUCCAGGUGAAGAUCCAGGAGGGUUACUUAGAGAUUUCAGGAAAUCACAAGGAAAAACAAGAUCAACAUGGGUUUAUUUCAAGAAGUUUUACCAGAAAGUACAAGCUUCCUUCAGAUGUGGACACCCUGUCUGUGACCUCAUCCUUGACUUCUGAUGGGAUCCUAAUUGUGGAAGCUCCACUGCCCAAUCCUGCUGUCCAGGUCCCUGUGGAAAUAACAGCUCCUGUUCAAACAGAAGAGAAAUCUGAAGCUGAGAGGGAAGUGGAGGCUGACAAAGAGAGAGAGGAGAAGAUAGAUCAAGGGAAGGAGCUAGAGGAAGACUCAGGGCUUCCAAAGGAACAGGGCAAGGAUGCACCACAAGAGCUGGAGCCAGACAAAGAAGAGGCAGAGCAAGAGAAAGUGGAACUGCAAGAACAAGACCAGGAAGCGACCGAAAUGAAAUAAGAAUUGGUGGAGAAAAGACAGCAGGCAAACUUGAUAAGGAAUGUUUCAAUUAAAAGACUGCUAAUUAGCUUAAAGCAAGCUAUUAUUUUAAUAACUUUAGUGAAAAAGAAUCUGCACUAAUGUAAACAGUUGAACAAGAAUGUUUGACAAAAUCUGGAAUCAUUCACAUUUUGAUAUCAGUAAAGCAAUGAGAAUAUUGAGAAAUCCCAAGAGAUAUUCGCACUAACCAAAUGUAUUAUUUGGAAGUGUCUUAAAUAUUUGAUUUACAUAAUAAACAGCCAACGUUUGGAACAUUAUGUUUUGUACUGAAACUAUUAACAAGUGCCUCUACUU